CUGCUAAACUCGACCAGGAAACCAGUUUUGCUCAGCUCCAAUUGGAUUGACAGCUUUACUUUCGCCAGUGGAUACUGAAGUUUGAAUUGUUAUUUUUUUUCUUGCUUUAAAAGGGAAUUUUGUUGUACAUCUGGGCUUAUUUUACCACCACCAUUAUUGGGAAAUUCCCCCUGAAGUUUUUUUGACUUUGUGCUUUGCUACUGAAAUGACCAAAGGUAGCAUAUCAGGAGAGAAGAUUGAUUGAAGAUUGUAGGAGUUGCAUUUUCUGUUUUGCAGCCUUGCUGUUUCUCCUGGAGCUGUGUGCUUCACUCCCAGGAGCAGUCAGUGAGCUGUUAACUAUCAGCAGUAACAGUGGGGUCUGUCAGGUGCCCGGGAGGUCACGGAGGGCACGGAGCUGGAUGUAUGAGACGGCUUCAUGGGCGUGAAGGACCAUCUGCAGGAUGGAACAGGCCACAUCCUCAGUCUGGGGCUGGAUCUGGACUACCUCCAUGUGGAAGGUGCUGAGCGGCAGGCUUGCUUGAGCACUGUGACGGGUGCUGGGAAUAUAGGGGUCUUACAGGUCAGAGCUGGUACCCCGAGUAAUAGCAGCAAUAAUAUUGGUAGUAGUGGCACUAGUUUUAAUACUCAUUCAAGCUACAGCAGCAGUAGUAGUUGCAGUAACUUCUCUGAGGAGAGUGCUGUCUCAGACAGUGAUGAUGAACGGCUCCAUAAUGGGUCUGGUUCUAAAUCUCAAAACCCUCAGCAUGAUCACCACCAAGAGUCUUCCUCAGUCUGUCAGACAGUCAAGCCAGAAACAUCUGACCCCGUCACCGACUACCGCACCAAGGUGGAGUUUGCUCUCAAACUGGGUUACUCUGAGGAGCUGGUGCUGCUAGUGUUGAGGAAACUGGGCCCAGAUGCACUCAUCAACGAUAUCCUAGGUGAGCUGGUCAAACUGGGAACCAAGACAGAGAUGGAGCAGCAAGGAGAUUUGACUGUCUCCCACUUUCCCUCCUCCUCUUUGUCAUCCUCUUUGGCCUGCUCGUCCUCAUCCUCAUCUUCCAACUCCUCUCUGGACUCCUGUCGGCUCCUGUGUCCGUCCCAGCUGCUGGAGGACAAAGAAAACCUUCGGCCUGUUGUGGUGGAUGGGAGCAACGUAGCCAUGAGUCAUGGAAAUAAGGAAGUGUUCUCCUGUCAAGGCAUCCAGCUGGCUGUUGAUUGGUUCUUGGAGCAAGGUCAUCGUGACAUCACUGUUUUUGUCCCUGCCUGGAGAAAGGAGCAGUCACGACCUGAUGCUCUCAUCACAGACCAGGAGAUUUUACGGCGACUAGAGAAAGACAAGAUCCUGGUCUUUACUCCAUCUCGUCGUGUACAGGGACGCCGUGUGGUUUGCUAUGAUGACCGCUUCAUCGUCAAACUGGCCUAUGAGUCAGACGGCAUCAUUGUUUCCAACGACAAUUACCGUGACCUAGCCAAUGAGAAGCCAGAGUGGAAGAAAUUCAUUGAUGAGCGUCUACUGAUGUACUCCUUUGUAAACGACAAGUUCAUGCCACCAGAUGACCCACUGGGACGCCACGGACCCAGUCUGGAGAACUUCCUGAGGAAGAGACCUAUUAUUCCUGAACACAGGAAGCAGCCAUGUCCUUAUGGGAAGAAGUGCACAUAUGGACACAAGUGCAAGUUUUACCACCCUGAACGGGGUAGCCAGCCACAGCGUGCCGUUGCUGAUGAGCUCCGUGCCAGUGCCAAAAUUUCAUCAGUAGCUUCCAGAGGCCUGCUGGAAGAUGCCCUGAUGGCGAAGAGCCAAAGUUCUGGUCAAGCAGAAGGAAUGGCUGAGGCCGAGCAAAUCUGGAGCACUCCAAAGAAACAGCCAAACCCCACUCCUCGGAGCUCCUUCAACGACCUCCUGGAGGACAGGUUACGGGUCCAGUCCAAAGUGGAGGGACGUAGAGGAAGCAACAGCAGCAGCAGCAGUAGCUGUAGCAGUAGCUUUCUAGGGUAUCAUGGUCCUGGGGGGCCCCCUUCAUCAGGAAGUCUGGACCGAUGGGAGCCUCCUGGGGGAAUUGGUGGAGGCAGCUCCAGGGUUGCUGGAGCCUCAGGACCAAGCCAGGCUGAAACUUACCAUAGAUGCGAGUCUCCAGACCUGGGCUACAGCUCCAUGGUAAAGGCCUACUCUAGCCUCAGUCUGGUAGUGCCACAGAGUCCUGAAUGCUUCUUCCCAGCUGAUCUGCGAGCUGGAUCACUGCCGUCAGACUGCAGCAGUGAAGGCAGUGUCAGCUCAGACUCUUUCUCCCCUGACCCCUUGUUGGACGAUGGCCCCAAGUGCCACCAUCACCACCACCAUCCUCGCCACCAUCACCACUGCUCUGGCCAGUACGCUCACUCUGCGAGCCAUGCCCCUCCCGGUCUGGGCCAGCAUACUCCUCAUGGCUAUUCCAUUCCUCAAGCCCUGCAGAGACAGCAUGGUUUUGGCUUGGAAGACCCUCCGUCUUCUGUUGCCUCUCAUGUAUCUCCACGUCCCUUCAAGCCACCUUCAGCCUACAUCCCACCGCACCCUCAGCAUCCAGUGCUGAGCAAUUUCCCAGGGGAAUUCCAAACUCGUCCACCACGUCCACCCCAAGCAUCCACCUCUCACUCCCACUCUCAGAGCUCCCCCCUCGGCCGCAGUGUGAUGGGCUCCCUUUGGCAGGAAGGUGGGCUCCAGGACCCCCAAGUGUACAAAGGGUCACCUCUUAAUUUCAGAAGAAACCACUCUGGGCUAAAUCAACAACCACAGCAUCAGAUAAACUGGGACCCCCAUUACCAGCAAUCUCCUAAGCCUUGCUAUGACCUGUUUGCCUUCCAGAGCCUUCCAGAAGUCCAUGAGAAGGCUUGGCACUCUCCUUGGGGCAGGCAAGUCCAUUCAUCACCCCGUGGCCUUUCAGCAUCAAGUCUUCCGCCACUCCCUCAGCUGUCCCUUCCAUCCAUCACUACCCACAAAAGCCACCUGCCCUCGGUGUCCCAGCACCAGGAGCCACCUGCCUUGGAUCGCUACCAGGACCUCAGAGAGAGGGUGUUUGUUAACUUGUGCCGCAUCUUCCCUCCAGAUUUGGUGAGGAUGGUGAUGACCAGGAACCCUCAUGUGAUGGAUGCUCAGGAGCUUGCAGCUGCGAUUCUGAUGGAGAAAUCGCAGCACGGUUCUUGAAUGAAACCUGGCGUUAAAGUUACAGCUUCAUCUUAAUUAAGAAAGUCAGGUUGGACAUACACUAACCAAAAGCACAAGAUGUAAAAGCUCCUUAACCUGUUAAUGGACUGCUUAUCUUAAUUGCAGGGAAGUUGUCUCAUUCAUUUUAAUUUUUGUUUUUGUAAAGGGAAACCCCCAAAUUGCCAUAUUUUCCUAUACACAUGGCUGCUAUUUCAGCACUUAAGAUCAGGAAAGCUUGGGGUUUAAUGUGCAUGUUUGAGCUAUUGGUUGUGAGUCAAGACACUGGCAUGCUUAGGGAGGCUUUUAAUG